AUGAGUGAGGACGUGGCCUGGAUUUUUUGCUCCGGGCUAUUUGAAAAUGUGGACUUUGCCAUUUGGAAAUAUUUAGAUUCAAAGAGUCUGGAAAAACUCUGUGACUGAAUCACUGAUUGUUUUUCAAGGAAUAAACAUCUUUUGUUUGUCUGCUGAAAGCUUUUGAAGAGUAGGAAUGGGUGCUAAUUUUACCCUCUGCUGCUGUCACUACUAUGUGGUGCAGAACAGAGAGGAGAAGAAGGCUAUCCUGCGCAUGAGGACCACUUCAGGGCGCAGACCACCAGAGCAGAUAUCCAGUGAUUCCAGUGACAGUGAGACAGAGGAGGAAAGCCUCUUUGGACCACAAUGUUUGGAGAAAAACCCAAAGAACAAACAGCAGAGUCAAAGAUUAACAGUGGAUCCGUGGGUUUAUUCCAACAGAGCAGACGGGUCUCUGAUCAGAUGUGGAUCGGACAGAGAGCUGCAGGCCUUCAUCAACAUGAGAGACCAGGCUGAUAAGGCAACAGAGGAAUGGGAGAAGUUGAAUUAUGACAUCCACACACUGCGCUACGCCAGGCGAGAAGUCAGAUCUCGAUGGAAGAAAAUCCUGCUACAGCUGGGUUAUCAGUGUGAGGUGGAUUCCCUGCUGUGUGUGAACAGGCAGAGCCAUUUCAGGCCAGAUCAAGAACAUUUUGGCAAAGCUGCUGACCUUUUGAAACAGCUGCUGGAUCACACCUCUCUGUUCCCUCCUAGAACAGAACAUCAUAACAGAUACCUGUAUGUCAUGGACCGCCUGGUGUCACUGGACAGUGCAGAGGACUUUAUUAAACUGGCCAAACAAAAAUAUCCCAAGAAAGAAGGCUGAGAGGCAAAACAAGCAGGAACAAGGAGAAAAGUUGAAAUAGCAUUUCAACUGUGUCUGCACUGUUAAAAGACUGAAGUACAGGGUUGAGCAAACACUUUAAAAUAUUUAAAUUUUACUACAUGUUGCUUCUGAAUAGUCAAAUAUUUUACAAUCUUUUAAAGCAGACUGAAAAAUCCUUCCUAUACCCUUCAGACCUUAGAUGAUUCCCUCCAUCUUAUUCUCAUCACUAAAAAUAAUUCAAUGUUGCUCUGCAGCCCCGAACCAAGACUUUUUUCUGGAUUUUAUUCAAGAAUACAAUACAAUACAAUUAGGAGCAAAUCUGUUGUGCUCAUAUAAAAUCCUAAUAAAAUACAUAGCAUUUUAUAAUUACGAAGCAUUAGCGCUAUUUUCAACAUAUAGUAUUUCUCAUGACAAA